UCUCACAUGACGAUGCGGUCACUUGGUCUGGUGGGUGGUGGCGCUCACCGCCAUACAAACAAACUCCUUGUCUACAUCAUGCCGGUCGUAUUUUGGAAAGUCAUAGUUGUUCAUUUCACCAUCCUAACUGGCUUUUGCUGCUGUUUUCGUAACGAUGUGAAUCGUGAGGGAAAUCCAAACAUACCAGCAAUCGCCAAAUACUUCAGCACGAAAGGGAGGUACGAGGAAGUGAACCCGUAUCUCAUAGAGGACAUACUUGCUGUAAACAGAUCUAUCCUGCAGCCUCCAUCUGCACAAUGUCGCGAAAUCCAUCUGACCGCCAUCAUAAGACACGGCACGAGGUACCCGACCAGCAAUAACGCAAAAAAAAUGAAGCAGCUUUACAAGCUAGUCAUGAGCAGCGCCUCUGGCAAAGAGAGCUGGCUGCGUGAAAUCCAGAGCCAGUGGACGAUGUGGUACACUGAGGACAUGGACGGCCGACUCGUCCAGAAAGGUAUGAACGAUCACAGGCAUCUGGCCGUCAGGCUGUCAAAGCUGUUCCCCUCACUGGUUUCAGAGGAGAAGCUCCGAGGUGGAUUCAUCAAAUUCAUAACCAGCUCAAAGCACAGGUGUGUCAACAGCACACUGUCCUUCAAGGCAGGACUGACAGAGCUGUGGGCUAUUACAGAUAAGGAGUUUGACCAUGCGGUGAAUGACGCCCUCAUGAGGUUUUUUGACCAGUGCACCAGGUUUUUGCAGGAAGUCAGUGACAACCCCUCAGCUCUGUCAGAGGUGGACAAGUUCAGAGCGGGACUGGAGAUGAGGAGGGUCACAGAGAAGAUCGCAGACCGCCUCAGAGUCCCCUACAAUACCAUCACAGACGAUAUGGCCGAAGCUGCAUUUUAUUUGUGUGCCUAUGAGUUUGCCAUCAAGACUGUGAACUCCCCCUGGUGCCAGCUUUUUGAUGAGGUCGAUGCACAGGUUAUGGAGUACGCAAAUGAUAUGAAGCAGUUCUGGAAAAGAGCAUACGGUUAUGAUAUUAACAGCAAGUCGAGCUGUAUUCUCUUCCAUGACGUGUUUAGUCGGCUGAACAAAGCAGUCGACGAGAACAAGUCGGGCCAGCAGGUGACUGAAGCUGUGACAAUCCAGGUCGGCCAUGCAGAGACCCUCCUUCCACUGCUCACCCUCCUGGGCUUCUUCAAGGACAGCGAUACCCUGACUUCCACCAACUACGCCACACAGGCCCAACGCUCCUUCCGCACCAGCCACAUGUUACCCUAUGCAGCUAACUUACUCCUGGUGCUAUACGACUGUGGGGGAGACGACCUGAGGCUGCAGGCGCUGCUCAACGAGAAGCCUGUGACUUUCCCCGGUUUGACUGAGCAGCAGGCCUCCAUGCCGCUCUAUCAAGACGUCAAAGAGCGCUACAAGGAGCUGCUCCAAGGCUGUGACUUUGAGACCGAGUGUCAGCUGUUCAAGAGUCCUGCUUAGGCAGACAGGGAAGAUUCUGGAGAAGCGUACAUUGAAACAUUUUGAAAAUUGUGGUCCUUAUAUGUGCAUUUUAGUCUGAAUGCCUAAACCAUGAACAAAUCACUGUUUGGCCUGGCUUUUUAUCUGAAUGAAGCAACAAGGAAGCUUUUUUCACUCCCUUCAUCUUAAGGCUGAGAAAAGACAGAUUCAGUCUCUGAAACGGAUACGGCCGAACAAUUUAAUUUAAGUUCACCUGUACCAUUACAGUAUUACUUUAUUGCUUUUGCAAAGUAUCUUGUCAGGAAUUAAAUAAUUACUUUUUGCAGUGUACACUUUUUAUAUCGCUUCAACCAAAAUCAGUUACCCUUCUUAACUUUCUAUUCAAAUAUAUUUGGCAGUUUCUGGACAUUUUGGUCCCCUCUGGCUACUCUGAAAGUAAUCAUGUUUUGGUUUGAAUAAACUUUAUUCAACUUCA